GCCGCCUCGCGGACGUCGACGCAGGCGCCGCCAUGGCGGCGACCGGCAGCGCGGAGGGCGCGAGCGACAGCCCCGCGCUGUGGGCCGAGGUGCGGGCGCUGCUGCCCCGCGCCGAGGAGGGGCUGACCUUGGCGCUGAGCGGCGAGGUGGAGGACUGCGUCCUGCCGCUGCUGCGGCGGGCCCGCUCGCUGCUCUACGGCGCGGCGGGCCGGCCCGGGGCGGCAACGGCGGCGGCGCUGGAGCGCCUCAGCGACGUCCUGCGUGACUACUCCUGGGAGAAGCUGAACGCGGGGCCAUGGCGGGAGGUCGGCAAGGGCUGGCGCCAGGUCUACGCCUACGGCUGCCUCUUCGGGGCGCUGGCCGAGGUGGCCGCGGGCCGCCCGCUCGCGCGCGCCGUGCGGCUCUGCGACCUGGGGCUGCUCAUGGGCGCCUCCGUCCUGGACAACGUCCUGGCGCGCCUGGUGCGCGCGCUCCAGCCGCACCUGCCCCGCGCGGCGCCGCGCGACGGAGCCCGCGCCCAGAGCGUCCGGGCCGAGCCGCCGCCGCCCUGCGCCGCGCAGCAUGAGGAGCUGAUCCCGCACCUUCGCUGUCCUUCGCUGGAGCACUUCAGAGACAACUACCUCGUUCCCCAGCGGCCCGUGGUCCUGGAGGGCGUCAUGGAUCACUGGCCGUGUAUGAAGAAGUGGAGUGUGGACUAUUUCUGUCAAGUCGCAGGCUGCCGCACAGUCCCUGUGGAGUUGGGUGCUCGGUAUACAGAUGAGGAAUGGUCUCAGCAGCUCAUGACUGUCAGUGACUUCAUCAGCCAGUAUAUCAUGGAUGAGAACAAUGUAGGAUACCUUGCCCAGCACCAGCUUUUUGAUCAGAUCCCAGAACUGAAAGAAGAUAUCAGUAUCCCUGACUACUGCUGCCUGGGGGAAGGGGAAGAAGAUGACAUCACCAUUAAUGCCUGGUUUGGUCCAGGAGGGACAGUCUCACCUCUUCAUCAGGAUCCCCAGCAAAAUUUUUUAGCCCAGGUACUUGGAAGAAAGUAUAUCCGUCUCUAUUCACCACAAGACUCAGAAAACCUGUACCCCCAUGAAAGCCAAAUUCUUCACAACACUAGUCAGGUUGAUGUGGAAGAUCCAGACUUGGUCAAGUUUCCAAAUUUCACAAAGGCUGCAUUUCAGUCCUGUAUUCUGAUGCCUGGACAGAUUCUGUUUAUUCCAGUUAAAUAUUGGCACUAUGUGCGAUCACUUGAACUCAGCUUCUCUGUUAGUUUCUGGUGGUCAUAGUUCUGACACAUAGCAGCACUGAAAUUAAAUUAAAAAUCAGGCAAGUAGCCUCUCUCUCUCAGGAGAGGUUAGAGGUGAAGCAAAACCAAAAACCAACAAACUCUUGCUAAAGCAUGUAGAAGUAGUCACAAUGGGUAAGUGAAAAGAUGAUGCUGUAGUUACUUCAUUUUUGUAGAUGUUUCUAAUAACUCCUAAAGAGCAUAUUGUUAGGUCAUUGUCCUGUGUAUGCAUCCAUCAGAAACAGCCUCUGUACAGGCACUGCCAGGGCUCUGCCUGAGCCUCUGUCUUAGUAAUCAGGUCAGGGUUAUCUUCUACUUGGAUUUAGUAACACUAAACCCUAGAGUUAGCUAGAGAGAUGGUGCUACCUGAAGGUUCAAUCCAUUAAAAAAUUAAGCUAACACCAAGCAAGGUACUAGUCACUUGCAUGGAAAAAGUUAUUAAUGCCCUGGUUCUGGCCAGGAUAGGGUUCAUUUUUGCAGUAGCCAGGAGGGGCAUGGCCCAGACUCAGAGGUUAUUUUGUACCACCUCAGCCUGCCACUGCUGCAGGCCGGGGCAGGAAGGGGUUCCUUGGUCUUUUAGUGAUUGAAUCUGUGUGAAUCUUUUUGUGUGAACCUUUUGUCUGUCUUGUACACUGUUAUUGAUAUUGUUGCUAUUACUGCUUAUUUUCUUAUUCCAUUGCUGUUUCCAGUAAAUUGUUCUUAUUGCAACUCAU